UUGGCAUUAAAGGAGCUGGAAAGUUCUCGUUUCAUGUACAAUAUUUACUAUUGAAUUGGAUACUAGGAAUUCAUGGGAAUGGAUCUCGACUUAGAUUCAAAUGAUUUACAAUGUGGGAAUGAGAAUCCAGUGGAUUGUGAAGAAGAUGUUGAUCAUGGAAAUGAGAUUGGUAAUCGAGAUACUUUUGAAUGUAAUGACAACAUCGACAAAGGCCCUGAAAUUGGUAUGGAGUUUGAUUCACUUCAGAGUGCUUAUUCAUUUUACAAAAAUUAUGCCAAGAAUAUUGGAUUUGCUGUGGCAACUAAGGCUAGUCGGCGAUCAAAGAUAUCUAGGCAAUUUAUUGAUGUGAAAUAUGCAUGCACAAGACAUGGAUCAAAGAGGGAAUCUAAUGCUGUUAAUCCACGACCUUGUUUGAAGAUGGAUUGUAAGGCGACGUUACAUAUCAAAAGAAAACAGGAUGGGAAGUGGUUUGUUCAAAAUUUGAUUAAGGAUCAUAAUCAUGAGCUUUUUCCAGCAGAUUCUCAUUUUUUCCCCUACCAUAGGAGAAUUAAUUCAGCCAAAAGGCAUGACAUCAGUACUUUGGAUGAUGUUGGAGUGAAAGCAAUUAGAAGUUAUGUUGCAGUGGCCAAGCAACAUGGUGGAUAUGAAAAUAUUGGCUGCUUAGAGAAAGAUUUUAGAAAUCAGUUAGAUAAAGAAUGCCGUUUAGCGUUAGAAUCAGGUGAUGCUAAUGCAAUGCUUGAAUUUUUCGUACACAUGCAAGAAGAAAAUCCAAACUUCUUCUAUGCACUGGAUUUGGAUGAAGAACAUCAUUUGAAAAAUAUCUUUUGGGUUGAUGCAAAAGGUCGAGAGGACUAUCGGGAGUUUGGUGAUGUUGUCUCUCUUGAUACAACAUACAUCACAAACAAGUACAAAAUGCCUUUCACUCCAUUUAUCGGAGUGAAUAAUCAUCAUCAGGCAACUUUACUUGGAUGUGCUUUACUUGCUAAUGAGUCAACAUCAACCUUUACUUGGUUAAUGAAGACAUGGGUUAGAGCCAUGGGUGGCAAGCUUCCAAGUGCAAUUAUAACGGAUCAAGACAAAGCAAUUAAAGCAGCCAUUAAACUAGUUUUCCCUAAUUCAAGACAUCAUUAUUGUCUAUGGCAUAUAUUAAGAAAGAUUCCUGAGAAACUUGAUUAUGUUCUUAGAAAAAAUGAAGAUUUUAUGGGAAUUUUCAAAAAAUGUAUUCACAAGUCUUGGACAAAGGACCAAUUUGAAGAAAGAUGGCAAGCAAUGGUUGAAAAGUUUGAUCUUAUUGAAGAUGAAUGGAUCCAAUCAUUGUAUGAAGAUCGUGAGCAUUGGGUACCAACUUAUAUGAAAGAUACCUUUUUUGCUGGGAUGUCAACAACUCAAAGGUCAGAAAGUAUUAACUCAUUUCUUGACAAAUAUGUGUGUAGGAAAACUACAUUGAAAGAGUUUCUUGAGAAAUACGAGGUGGCUUUGCAAGAUAGACAAGAGGCAGAAAAUCUUGCUGAUUUUACAACAUGGCAUAAGACACCAGCUUUAAGAACUCCAUCACCUUUUGAGAAACAGAUGUCCAUGGUGUACACUCAUGGAGUAUUUAAAAAGUUUCAAAUUGAAGUGUUAGGAAUAUUUGGGUGUCAUCUUGUAAAAGAGAAGGAAGAUGAGAAAAUCUUGACCUUCAAAGUCUUAGAAAUUGAAAAAAAUGAAGGCUUUAUUGUAGAGUGGGAUGCAUCAAUGGAGGAGAUUUCUUGCAUAUGUCGUUCAUUUGAAUACAAUGGUUUUCUUUGUCGUCAUUCAUUAAGCACUCUUCACUUCUUGGGUUUGUUUAACAUCCCAUCUCGCUACAUAGUAAAGAGAUGGACUAAAGAUGUUAGAACCAAAUACAAGAAAGGAAGUACAUGUGAAGAAGUGCAAUCAAAGAAGCAACGUCGUGAUAUUUUGUUUCAAAGAGCUAUUGAAUUGAUUGAGGAGGGCUCUAUGUCUCAUGAAAGCUAUAAUAUUGCACAUCAAGCACUGGGAGAUGCCUUGAAGCAUUGCUCAAGUGUUAAUCAUUCCCUGAAAUUGAGUGAUGAAGCUGCAUUUGGAGCUAAUGAAUAUCAUGAUCUUUGA